AGGAAGUGGGAUGACUGGGGAAAGCUGGGGGAGACUAGGAGCUGCCCGAGGGUGUGGCCCUGGAUGGAAACCCGAGGCGGUUUCACGCUGUGAAAUAAUGCGCCCCCCACUCGGGAAGCCUUGUUGCCAAAGGGAAGCCUCCCGGGCCUCCACGCUGCCCAGAUGCAGGCGGUGCUGAGCCUCCUGCUGCCCUGCCUCCUGGCCCAGGUGUGGCUGGUACCCGGUUCCACCCCUGGUCCCCGCUCACCAGAGGCCCAGGCAGGACUGGAGACUCUGCCAACCCCCAGGGCCCAGACAGAGAGCAGCGAGGGGGCGCAGGUCCUGCAGGACGAGGGCCCCCCCUGGCGGACAGCCGACUGGCAGAAGCUCUCUGGGGAGACCUCCAACUUGGGGUUCAGCCUGCUUCGUAAGAUCUCCAUGAGGCACGACGGCAACGUGGUCUUCUCCCCGCUCGGCCUGGCCUGGGCCAUGGCAGCCUUGACCCUGGGGGCCAGGGGACAGAGCAGAGCCCAGCUGGAGAUGGGGCUCCGCCUGCAGGCCCUGAAUCAGACCCUGCCCGCAGUGAACCAGACCCGGCCCCCGCGCCUGCCUGCCCUCUUCAAGCAGCUCCGAGAAAGCCUGUCCCACAACCCAGAGCUGGGCCUGACCCAGGGGAGUUUUGCCUUCAUCCACGAGGACUUUGACGUCAAAGAGACCUUCCUCAAUUUCUCCAAGAGGUAUUUCGAUAUGGAGUGUGUGACUAUAAAUUUUCGCAACGCAUCCCAGGCCAAAGGGCUCAUGAAUCAUCACGUUAACAAAGAGACUCAGGGGAAAAUUCCCAAACUCUUUGAUGAGAUUAAUCCUGACACCAAAUUAAUUCUUGUGGAUUACAUCUUGCUCAAAGGGAAAUGGCUGACCCCUUUUGACCCUGUCCUCACCGAGACAGACACUUUCUACCUGGACAAGUACAAGGCAGUCAAGGUGCCCAUGAUGUACAGGGCAGGCAAGUUUGCCUCCACUUUUGACAAGAAUUUUCGUUGCCACGUCCUCAAGCUGCCCUACCGAGGAAAUGCCACCAUGCUGGUGGUCCUCAUGGGAAGGAUAGGUGACCACCUGGCCCUUGAGGACUACUUGACCACAGAUUUGGUGGACACGUGGCUCAGGAACAUGAAAACCAGAAAAAUGGAAGUUUUCUUUCCAAAGUUCAAGUUAGACCAGAAGUAUAAGAUGCAUGAGCUGCUGAAACAGAUGGGAAUCAGAAGAAUCUUCUCACCCUGGGCUGACCUGAGUGAUCUCUCAGUUACUGAAAGAAAUCUUAAAGUAUCCAAGGUUUUACAAAGAGCGAUGAUUGAGGUGGAUGAAGAAGGAACAGAGGCGGUGGUGGGAACCCUGUCAGAAAUCACUGCUUAUUCCAUGCCUCCCAUCAUCAAAGUGGACCGGCCGUUUCACUUCAUCAUCUAUGAAGAAACCUCCAGAAUCGUGCUAUUUCUGGGCAGGGUGGUGAAUCCGACUCUCCUGUGAUUGAUGACAUGCGCGAGUCCUUAGAGCCACAGCAGAUGCUGGAUCUGAGGUGUCUGAACUUACACAGGACACUGGCACUGGGUGUCGCGCCCUUGUCCUCAGAUGCUAGUUUGAGCCAUCCUUAGAUAAAUCUGCGUAUUAAAUUCAAACUUAUUUUAAGGAGAUGUUUGUACAAGCUGUCUGGUAUUUUAA